AUGGCUUCCCCAGUCGCCGACAGCCUGGACGACAUGGCUGAUCGGUUGCGCAUAAUCGCAGAGGGCAUCCGGGCGGGGAGCGUCUCCCUGCGGUUCGACACGGCGCAGCGAAUGGAACUGGCUCAGGUCGCCGACAACUUAACGACCCUCGCCACUCACCCAGCCGAUCAGAUACAACUCCAGGCGAUCCGCCUUUCCCACAUCGCCGCUCUCCGCCUGUUCCACCAAUGGAGGGCCUUUGAGAAGAUCCCACCCGGAGAAGGCUCAAGCAUCACAUAUGCCGAGCUCGCUGGCCUCCUUGACGGCGAUGUGUCUUUGAUCACUCGCAUCUGCCGGAUCCUCGUGGCGAACCACACUCUCCGGGCCAUCGGAUCGGACCGUCUCGCGCACACCGAAUUCUCUGAGCUUCUCAUCCACCCCCAGCACAGGGCGUUGAUGGCCAUAAUAUUCGACACCCAACUCGACACAAUCAUGGCCCUGCCCUCCUACUUCGAACACUUCGGCCGCAUCGAGCCGACCGACCGCCGACAGACGCCGCUGGUGUUCGCGGCGGGCAAGCUGGGCUCCACGGCCUGGGAGGUCCUGCACAGCGACGAGACCAAGCGGACCAACUUCAUGCUGGCGAUGGCGGCGGCCGAGUCGAUGCCGGCCAUGCAGACGGGCUACGACUUCAGCUGGAUCGCGCUGGAGGCGGCCCAGUCCGCCCCGGACCGCGUGGUGUGCGUCGAUGUGGGCGGCGGCAAGGGCCACGCGCUCAAGCGCAUCAUGCGCGCGAACCCGACGCUCCCGCGGCACCGCUUCGCGCUGGAGGACCUGCCCGACGUGCUCGAGCAGGCGGGCCGCGAGGACGCCGAGCUGGACGGCGUGCAGCUGGUUCCGAUCGACUUCCACCUGGAGCAGCCCAUCAAAGGCGCGCUGGUCUACCACAUCCGCAGAUGCCUGCACGACUACUCGGACGGGGAGGCGGUGCUGAUCCUGCAGCGGAUCGCGGCGGCGAUGGCGCGCGACAGCAAGCUGCUGGUGCUGGAGCUGGUGGUCGAGGACCCGCCGACGGCGCACCAGGCCAUGACCGACCUCAUGGUGAUGUCGCUCUCGGGCAAGGAGCGCACGCUGGCCGACUGGCGCGGCAUCGUCGGGCGGGCCGGGCUGACCAUCACGCGCGUGUCGACGUACGACGGCGGGCACAGCGUCAUUGAGUGUGCCCUGGCUUAG